AUAGCGCAAUAAAAGCGACGUUACGCGUUUCUUUGAAAAUUCAGUUCCUUCCAUGGGAGACGAUCGCCGAAGCACUCGCUCGCCAGAACACCCUGGUCGACAUAUCAAAACACACCAAAGUCAGCAUGCGUUCGUAGAACCCUGCUGCUGACGAGUGGUUCUGAGGAAGUGAAGCUUCGAAGCAUGUCAGUAUAAAGGACGUAACGUGCGCUUUCGUGUGCGACGACCACAAACUUCAACCCUUGCCGACUACGGGAACUGUCUGGCGCCAAGCUGCACAAUGUUCGGAGGCCGUCUGGCAGUGGCGCUCAUCGUCGUCUUGCUACUGAACCUGACGGCGGCUCAUCCGAUAUGCUACUCAAGAGAGGGUCCCAGCCAUUGUUAUUACUUCUGCGAAGCUUUCACAAGCGCUCAGGACUUCCUCCAAAUAGACCGCUACCGUGCCAAGAAUUGCACGUAUUUCGUUCUCAAGGACAGUUCUUUGGACCAUUUGCCUUCUAGCGCUUUUGUCGGCACUGGCAUUUCUGUACUGCACUUCAGGAACGUCACUGUAGGCGCAUACGGCGAUCGGCGGAGGAUCGCAGCGAGUCCGUUCGAUGCCCUCAAGGACUCGCUGCGCAAGCUGAUCUUCAGCGACCAACCGAAGGCCCUCGAGUCUUGGAGCCUGCUACGCGGGCUCAAGAGACUGAACACACUCCUGCUGCUGCACGUGAGAGAGGUCAACCUGACGGCUGACUUCAACCAUCUGCCGCCAAGCGUGAAAGAGAUCCAGGUUCUGGGAGCACACGUAGAUCGAGUCGAUCAAGACUGGCUGGCCGAGCUGCAUGGACUGAACGCCGUCUCGGUCAAAGAGACGAACCUGGAGAGCGUAUCGAGGUCGAUGCUGCCCAGGCCUGCGCCAAAGCUGAUGAUCCUCGACUUGGCGGACAACCGUCUCACAUCGCUGCCUGAGGACCUCACCAGCGAUAUGCCUGCGCUGCGAGAGUUGGACGUCGGCUACAAUGAGAUCACGACGCUACAUGAAAGCACCUUGGCGCCACUGAAGAGAAACAGAGGUUUCGUGAGAUUGAUCGGAAACCCUUUGACAUGCGACUGUCGGCUGUCGUUCCUCCUCACGUACCCGAAGGAGUGGAAUUACUACCCAUGCGCCAAGCCACUGUCUUUGGUGACCAGGUCCAUCCAGUCUCUCACGGCAGCGGAGCUAUGCAGUGACAUCGGGGAUCGUGACCUGAGCAACGCCACCUAGAACACGGGACAUUUGAGCUCCGAGCCCUGACAUCACAUAGCGGACCGACAACCUUUACCAUUAGUGAUGACGGCGAGCAGCGGCGCUUAUCCUGAUCUUUAAUUUUGCCAAGCCUCAGCAGGCACUGGUAAAAUCGGUCCACGUAUCCAACGCUGCAGCUGUAGAGGUUCUUAUAAGUACCGAGAGAGAAAAAUGGCGCUGCAGUGCUGGUUCAUGCAUGGAAGUGCACAGAUGCGGAGGCUUCGGUAUGUCACUUCUCUCGCAGAGCCAGGACUCCUUGAGAACACGUCUGGUGACAACUGCUCCUUCUUUUACAAUAGUUUGGUCUCUGCUGAAGCCCAUUGUAGGACACUAUUUAGCCUUUCGCAGAGUAUAGGAAUUGCUUUCAUUACAACACGGGCAUCGUAAUGUCGAACAUAAACUGUACCACUGUAUAGGGUCGGUAAAGUUCUCGGAAAGACGCGAAGGUACGACACUCACAGAGCGAUCGUUUCGAUUGUGUGUUUCUGUUUUCCUCGAUUACUUGUUAUACUGCCCAUCAGCAAACUUUAAUGAAAGGUACAUUUUCGAAGUGCUAAAGCUUGUUGGGAAGACGUAAUUCCAAGGAAGUUUCAUGGCUUUCUUAGCGCUGUCGUACACGUCAUAGCCGCCGUAACCAUGUUUUAGGCCAAGCCAGUUACAGCACAGCCGUGUCGGCGUAUUACUAUCUGUUUUGUCGUCCAAUCUUCCGACUUUAGGAAGGGCCUCUCUUUCGAUACCCAGUUAUUAAAUUCCCAACUGAAUUGCAGUCCAGCACGAAUAGCAAGAAGCAAACAGACUAUAUUUUAGACUAUUCCAGGUCAUUUGACCAUGUCGCUCAUUGUCGCCUCAUAUCAAAGUUACCUGCCCUUCGACUCGACUCUUCAAUAUUGUCUUCGCUGAGAAUUUUUGUGUGCCUUCGACGUCAAUUUACGUAAGUAAAUAGCUUCACUUCAUCCCUUUCAGACAUUACUUCGGGUGUACCACAAGGGAGUGCUCAUAUAGGCCCUCUCCUGUUCUUACUAUACAUUAGCUGCCUGCCCACUAACAUUCCAUCCUCCUUGGAACUAUUUGUUGAUGACUGCGUAAUUUAUCGAACCAUUAAUACUUUCGAUGAUCACCUGAUCCUGCAACACGAUCUUGAUCUUCUGAAUCGGUGGCGUGUUAAUGGCAAAUGGAACUUAACACUUCCAAAUGUGAAGUUGUUACCAUUAGGUGCAAGAAACUAACCUCUGAUUUAUCCUACGCCAUAAAUACCGCUCCGGUUCCUCGUGUACGUAUUAUUAUCUUGCCCGUCCGCUUUACUCCUAACCUAUCAUGGUUCAGCCGUAUUAAAUACAUAACCAUAAAAGCUAUGAAAACUGCACCGCAACUUGCGCACCUGCCCAUCUGACGUUCGAAAACAUGCUUGCUUGUCUUUCGUUUGUACGCAGCUCGAUUAUGCCUCGUCCAUUUGGCCACCACAUCAGGAAUAUUUAUUCUCCGGUACUGAAUCAGUGAAACAACCUGCAGUUCGGGCAACGCACGAUCGACACUCCAGCAUCAUUAAAAUUAAACACGACAUUUCCCUUGAGCCUUUAGAAAUGCGCCGAAGUCUUGCCAUUUUGUGUCUUUUUCAUAAGUACAUACAUAACUAAUGGUGGUUUCGCCUACCGUUAAAAACCUCAUCACGCAUGUAUAGCCGACUUCACGAUCACGUAAGCUGUAGUCACAUGUCGGGUUUCACGCUGGCUUUCAAUGCAUUUGCUCUUCCUCGUUAUUCGCCUUUGGAGUAGCCUUCCCGGUGAAAUCGUUUGACUACCCGAUCCAUGGCCUUUCGGGAAAUGCUACAGCAGCAGGUCUUCCCUUUUCCCCCUCCCCAAGUGUCAGGUAGCCAACCGGGCACGCCCUUGGUUAACCUCCCUACCGUUCCCUCUUCAUUUCUCUCUCUCUCUCUCUACAGCAGCAUAUGUUUCCUAAAAAAAUUCGCCGACAAUUAUGACACCAUUUAAUGCGAAAUUUGAGCGCAGUUCUAUACGUGUUUUCGUUUCGCGAUUUGUUGACUGGCGCAGACAAUCUGUCUCGUGCGGCACGUUGCAAAUGGAGCGAAGUGCGGCGCCACUGCCACGCUAAUCUGGAUUGACAGCAGCCGCCGCAGACAGACCUCCCAGACUACGCGCUCUACUCUAGCGCCAUCUCGUAGGCAUUGUCGCCACACUACGGUUUUUUUCUCUCGCUUUCGACAUACCCUCCUCCUACGCUUUUCGCCUCAUGGUUCCGCUGCACCCUCCUCCUCCUCCUCCUCCUCCUCCUCCCCCUCCUCCUCCUCCUCUAUUCGCUCGGUUACGCCGACACCAACGCUCGCCGCAGAAACGGGCGCCUAGGAGCUGCGCUCUAAAGAUGUAUAUUGAUUGCGGCUGAUUUCUACUUUUGUUGCGCGCAUCAAUCGUCCUGGCACUUCUUACAGCGGAGCUGUUAUGCGCUAGGUCCUGAUGGUUUGUGUACGUAGGCAAAAAAGAUGGUGCCCCCCCCCCCCAGAGCUAAAAGAGCUAAGGCAUAAAGCAAAAGCGUAUCGCCGGGGAUGCCCCAGCUGUGUUUCAUAACGAGAGGUGUCAAAACGUAUUGUGAUAAAAAGGAUAUUGUAAUAAAUAAAAAGUAAAACCGUAAUAGACACUGUUUAGUACGGAUUGCGGUUUGACGUCACGGGCUCUAUAGGCAAACCACGUGAUCUCAGUUCCCUUCCACUCGUACAAUGAGUAGGCCGCGUGCGGUGAGGACUGCGGAAGGACAGCGCGGCGACGGCGGGCGGCACGUAAUGCGGACGAAGAUCGUGUCGCAAGCGCCAAGCGUAUGCACCUCUGGUUGGAUCACCCCUACCGACUCCACUCCCAUUGUAAUUGUGGGCGAUUUCAACAUAGACGUGUCUCGGCCAGACGGAAAUUGGUUCGUGGCGUUUCUCUUGGAAAGGUUUGGCAUUCAAUGUUACGCAAAGGUCAGUGUUCCUGCGACGCGUCAUCGGUCGUGCAUAGACCUCGCAUUGGCCAAGAACCUUCCCAGUGUCGCCACAGAGCCACUGGCCGUAUAUCAUAGCGAUCGUAAAGUGAUAGUCACUUUGGUGAUCAAAUAAAUAAAUAAAUAAAUAAAUAAAUAAAUAAAUAAAUAAAUAAAUAAAUAAAUAAAUAAAUAAAUAUAAACAAAGGAAGCUUAAAAAUAAAAGAAGCACUGAGUAUGUAAUUUAAUGAAACAACAAAGAAAUUGUGAGAAAACGUAAUUCAUUGUGGCAUGGGUCUUUUAUUUCCAAUCAACAUAGUUAGUAUUGACGCAUGUAUCGCCAUAUAUACAGCGCUGCUGGUCAUCCAGCUUGGGCAGAAUGGCUCUGAAUGUUUUCUCUGCCUAAUGUAAUGAGUGUGUAUUUCUUGGUUUUCUGUGUACCGAUGAUCUGUCUGCUCUAAUCACCACUAGUAUCCUUUAGUAUGUUUAUAAGUUGAUGUCUUGUGUUCCUGCUUUAGAAACUGUUUUUGUAACCUCCCCUCAUUACCCAAUGCUCCCUCCCGGGCCCUGUAAGCUACUACAAAUAAAUAAAUAAAUAAAUAAAUAAAUAAAUAAAUAAAUAAAUAAAUAAAUAAAUAAACGCUGUCAUUUUAAUUAACGCUUUACACGGAAGUCAGUGGAUGCUCCUAAGCUUGUCUACUAGACCAAAUCCAAAUACUAUGAAUGCUAGAAUUAUAAACUUAAACAGAUGUCUCAGUCUCAUGAAGCCAAAAUUUGGAAUUGUCAUUUUAGAUAAAUAAUAUUGCGUGGUUGUCUAACUAAAUAGGUUGUGCUUGCUAUAAACUUGAGUGCCUAAAUGUUGUCAGCUUGUUUCGCAAAUCUCUUAGUGUAAAAUUGGUGCUUUUUAGAUAUGCACUUGCAUAUAUACUCGUAUAUAAAAAGCCGUGUUUACGCAAUGGGCAUGUUUGUUUGCGUAUAUAUAGAAUGUAAUUGAAUGUUCUAGCAAUUUAUUUCGCUUAAGACUGUUUCUGUAUUUAUUUUUGUAGCUGCUACUGUAUGUGUGUAUUAUGUACAUCCACAAGCCUUUGGCAACUGACCCAACAGACCCUUUGUACAAAUUCCCUGGUAUAUGAAUGACGAAUAAAGAUGACCGAAUGCAAACCGGACUUUCCGUAUCCCUGCAUUCCCGUUGUGUCAAAGGAUCAUUUAAUAGAAAACUACGAUUGCGGCUCGGAGCACUCAGGCUCUGCGUUCCCCACAAGGACUGCCUUCGGCGCGGAACACUGAUACCAUAAUAUCCGCCCAUCGUAACUGCAUUUCACUCGCCACUGUGUUCUGCCUCAAGGGUUUGUUUUCGUGUACCCUUCUCCCUAAUUCCACGUACCUCUUGAUAAAGUUCUCGAGCAUGCAAUAAAAAAAAAAGACAGACUAAAAUUACUCAUUUCCUUAUCCGAAACACGGCUAACUGCAGUCUCUAAUUCGCAAUAAGUGUGCACACUGAUCGAGUAUACCGGUGAUCUAUUCGCCCGAGAGAAUCGUU